GAUAUCCCCAUCGACGUCGAGACGGUGACGCCCACCCCCGUGCCGCUCUACGACAAUCAGAAGGCGCGCAGCGUGAUGAACGAGUGCGAGCGCCACGUGAUGUUUGCUCGCACGGAUGCUGAUGCCCCUCCGCCACCGGAUGACUGGGAGGAACACGUCAACAGGACGGGUUGGACCAUGGCCCAGAACAAGCUAUUUAACAAGAUUCACAAAGCGCUGCAGUCUGACAGGCUGGCUCGCUUGGCUAACGAAGGCGCUUGUAACGAGCCAGUCCUGAGGAGGAUAGCGGUGGACAAAUGUGCUCGGAGGGUUCGCCAAGCUCUGGCUAGUGUGAACUGGGACACCAAACUGAUCCAGUGGCUUCACACAACGUUAGUGGAAACCCUCAGUUUGCCGGUGCUGGCUGCUUACUUGGAUGCUCUGCAAACGCUGAAAGGAAAGAUCCCCACCCUGAUCGACAGGAUGCUGCUCUCCUCUACUGCGAAGACGGGGGCAGCGGGUGCCGAGGCUCUGUCUCUGCUGCUGAAGAGACCUUGGGACCCAGCCGUGGGUGUCUUGUCGCAUAAUAAACCAAGCAAAUUGCCUGGUUCCCCCCUCAUCCUGAUUGCUUCCUCUGGACCCUCCAACUCCAUGUUCCCCACUUCUCGACGGCACCGAUUCUGGCAGUCGCAGCUUUCCUGCUUGGGAAAGGUGAUUCCCAUCGCCACCCACCUGUUGAACAACGGCAGCGGGGUGGGAGUGUUGCAGUGUCUCGAACACAUGAUCGGGGCGGUGAGGGGCAAGGUGGCGGAGAUUCACAGCCACUUCUCUCACAAGCCGAUCAUCCUGAUCGGGUGGAACACGGGUGCCUUGGUGGCCUGUCACGUUUCAGUGAUGGAGUACGUCACUGCAGUUGUGUGCCUUGGAUUCCCGCUCCUCACCGUCGAUGGCCCCAGAGGGGAUGUUGAUGACCCCCUCCUGGAGAUGAAGACCCCUGUCCUCUUUGUGAUCGGUCAGAAUUCCCUGCAGUGCAACAUGGAAGCAAUGGAAGAUUUCCGGGAGAAAAUACGAGCUGAUAACAGCAUGGUGGUGGUGGGAGGAGCAGAUGACAAUCUCAGGAUAAGCAAAGCCAAAAAGAAGGCAGAAGGGCUGACUCAGAGUAUGGUGGACAGGUGCAUCCAGGAUGAAAUAGCUGACUUCUUGACUGGAGUCCUCACCCGAGCGGAGAGCCACUCGGGCUCCGAUCCCCGUGACCUGGAUGCGGAGAAGAAGAAGAAACCGCGUGACUCGACCAGGAGGGAUCUGUCGUUUGACUUGCCAGAAAGAAGCAGCAGGCCCGCCUCGCCGGCAGCCAAAGUGCCCGCCUCACCUUCAGGCUCAGAGGACUUAUCCAGUGUCUCCAGCAGCCCCACUUCAAGCCCCAAGACUAAAAUGGCUGCUGUGUCCUCCAUCCAGAAGCCCAGCCAGAUUGCCACCACGCAGCUGCUGAAGAGGCAGAUACAGAGGACGGACACUGUCCUGACGCACAAGCAGGCACAAGCUCAGUUCGCUGCUUUUCUGAAACAAAACAUGCUGGUGAGGAAAGCUCUUCCUCCUGGCACCUCUUCAUGUCUCUUUGUUCCAGUCUCCUCAGAGCACUCGGAAGGGGCUGAGAAAGAUGAUGUGCGUAUGCAGCUGAAGAGGCAUCAGACCCCCAGCCCGACCCAGUGCACCAAAUCCUCCAAACGAGCCAAAAUCAAGGUGACCAUUGUCUCUCACGGAGAUGCUGCUGGCGUGGGGAACGGAGCACCCCUCACCACCCAGGCAGAAAUUGUCGCUGGAAAGCCGGUCCCCAUGGCUGUCGGCCAGUCUGUGUCAGGCGCAAAGGAGCUGUCAGGACUGCUCACCACCCCCAAGCUGAGUUCGGCAGCGGAAACCUCCUCCGCGAGUCCUGCUCCGUCUGCCAUGAUCCCCAGCAGCACGGCGCCCAGCGCUUUCCAUGCCCUGCAGAGCAGGCUGGUGGCCAGCAGCACCCACUGCAUGCAGGCCCAGCCAGCCAGUACCCUCCAAGGAGCAGCAUCUGCCAGCAGCCUGUUGCAAGGGCUGAGCUUCAGCCUGCAGGACAUCGGAACCAAGUCAUCAGCCCUUCCUGCCAGCGUGGCUGCUGCAGGGCCGCCCGUGCAGACCUCAGCUGUGAAGACGCCUGCGCCUAUCCAGAACCUGAGUGCCAUAACCACAGGCACCGGCACAAUUGUUCGCACCAUCCCGGUUGCCACCUCUUUGUCUCUGGGAGCCUCAGCGAGCGGGAAGCCCACGGCCAUUCACCAGCUGCUGACAAACGGGGGACUGGCGAAGCUGGCCAGCAGUCUCCCUGGCUUGGCUCAGAUCUCCAACCAGGCAGCAGGCUUGAAGGCCCCAACGACCAUUACUGUGACGCUACGUGGGCAGCCCAGCCGCGUGACCACGCUUAGCCAGGCUGCCAUGGGGACUGUCCAGCCCCAGCUGGAGGAGCAGCCGAUGCAGACGCAGGCACCUCAGGCUCCAGACGGUGCUGUUGGGAACCUGGCCGCCCCCGCUACCAGCGCAGCAUCUCCUGGCAAGCUCCUGUCUCAGAUGUAUCUCAGCAAAGCCCAGGCUGGCGCAGAGAUGGCUCCCGCCGACCCCGCGGCACACCUGACCGCCGCCGCGGCAGCACCCGCAGGACUCAACAGGGAGGUGCGGAAGCACUGUGCUUAA